AUGCAAAAUUAUCGAAGAGACCUCUUCAAGCAGUGGGUCAAUGAAGCGAAAAAGCGAAAAAUCGGGACCGUCGAACACGGAAAAACCGAAAGUGACCAAAAAAACAUCGACAGUAUUGUCGACCGAGACAGUGACACCGCCAGCCAGUAUAGCGUACGAGAUAGUGACUUCGGAGGACGAUCUGACAACUUUGGAAGCACAGAUGAUGAAAACCAAGUUAGUGGACCUGAAAGUGUGGGCGAACGAAACAAUGAACAAGAAUUUGGACAGCGAGGAGGAUUUGCUAAACCUAGUGGAAAUGAUGUUUCCAACGACAACAAACGAAUUUUCAAUAAUUUCAUUGGUGAUGAUUAUUUUCGCAAUUUGUCCUGUGAAAGUAGUGGAACAAGUUAUACACCCGAAGAUAUGGCUGAAUCCGAAAAUACAGACUUUAUGGGAGAAAACUAUGAUCCUCAAGCCAGAAGUGAUGACCCGACUAUACCAAGUGAUGCGGAAAAGUAUGAGAACCUCAUUGAUCAACUUGGACGUGAGCUGGCUUCUAAGUUUGUCAGCGGUAUCCACAGAUAUGUCAGCAGAGUCAUUGUGCCUAGUGGAGCUGGGGGAGUUCAGGAAUGUCUGCUUGAACUGGAACAGCUUAUUGAUCGAUACCCACCCACCCACUUCUACUGUGUCGCCGAGCACAACGACCACGUCCACGUCAGUCACGUAUGUGGGUACUCCGGAGGUUCUUGUAGGUGCUCCUUCCUCGUCCGAGGAGCAUUCUGGACAAAGUACGGACGACGUGGACUUCGUAGGAUUUCUAGAGCAAUCAGCUUCCAACCAAGGGAUUAUGGAAACAUACUGCGAUACCUAUCUCAGGGCGGCAGACGCAUCCACCUUAUUGGAGGCUUCAGAGAGAAUGGACGACUAUUUGAUAGAUAUAAAUAUAUAUCGGCGCGUGGAUAUCUGGGAGAAACCCAAAGGGGACUACUGGAAGGGGGCGACAGCACGGUGCCGUGGGACGUUCAGUGCGAGCCACCAAGCUGUCAACUUCACGUCCAGAAUUGUGAAGAUGAUGGGGGAGAAAAUGGUGAAGUUAAAAAAUCUAAAAAGGAUAAGAAAAACCCCCGGCUUCUUCCACAAAACGGGCCAAUGAGUAUACCUGAAUUACUAUAUUGUUACCCAUGCUGUCCUCCUGACGCUUUUCGAAACAUAAAAGAAUAUUAUUUGAAUUCAAACUUAAAUUAUUUAUGCGCAAAAAAUAAAUAUGUAGAUAGGGACUUAGAUUUAUGGAACAUAAAAUUAAUGCAUUGGACUCUGGACGAUUUUAAUAAUUAUUAUAAUGACGAUAAAGUCAUACCAUAUUUUAAUGCGUACAAUAGGUUAAAAGAUCAAGUUUAUUAUAAUGUCGAAGAAUCUGUUCGCAUAGCUAACGAAUUAUUAUUAUUUCAAUUCGAUAACAAUAGUGAUAAUAUUAUAGAUUUUUUAACUGAUUUAAUAAAUAUUAUUGAUAAAAGAAUACCAAAAUGUAACACCCUAGCUAUAUUAGCACCACCUAACGCUGGGAAAAAUUAUUUUUUUGAUGCUGUGGCUUCUUUCUUCAUUAAUUAUGGUGUACUUGGUACUGCAAACAAAACCAAUAAUUUCGCGUUCAUGGAAGCAGCCGGUAAACGGCUGGUAUUAUGGAACGAACCUAAUUACGAAGCCAAUCAUGUUAAUGAAUUAAAAGCUUUGUUAGGUGGUGAUACUUGUAGGAUAUCUGUUAAGUAUAAAAAUGACCAAGCACUCCAAGGUCCUCCUAUAAUAAUUCUUACCAAUGAUAAUUUGUCUAUAUUCGGAAUGUCGGCAUUCCAAUCCAGAAUAAAAUUGUAUAAUUGGAAUAGUGCACCUUUUCUUAGAAAUUACGAUAAAAAAAUUUACCCAUUGUUUUUACUUCCAUUGUUUAGAAUGUAUAAUAUUAAUAUAUGA